AUGAGUGAAACCAAAAGUAUAGAAGAUGAUAUUCCAUUUUCUAAUCCUAAUAAAAGGAAAUGGAAACAGAAAAUAUCCAAUUCUUCGUCUACAUCUUUCCUAUCUUUGGGUGAUGAACAAUUAAAGUCGUUAGAAAGUAUUUUGAAAAGUAUCCGUGUUACCAAUAAAAGUGAUUCAUCAAUUGGAAAUGAUUUUACUCCAUUAAUUGAGUUUUGUUCUAAAAAGUUACAUACACAACUUGUACAAUCAUGGUCUUAUUAUGCAACUAUUAACGAUCACAAGAAAGUUAUUGACCAUUUAAAUAAAUUAAAUAAAUUACUAGAAAUUUUAAACCUUCAUCCUGCUUUAUUCAUAUAUGGUGAACAACUCAUUCAAUUAAUAUUAACAGAGUAUAUGAAGAAUUUAUACAGAGGUAUUAACAAUAUGAGAGCGUCAUUAACAAACCCAUGCUUAAACUUGUUGAAAAAUAUUGUUACUUUCCAAGAUGGUAAAUUUGUUGAUGAUUUUUUAUCUCAUUUUGAUUUUUCAUUGCCCACUUUACCAAAAAUUUUGACACCCUCAAAAAAUGAACUUUCUGAUUCUUCAGUAAUUAAAGAGAAACAAUAUAAAUUCACUUUAAGAUAUAAUUUUAUUUUAUUUUGGAUUUCUUUGUUAGAUAAUUCUCCACCUUUGCUAAGAAAAGAUAUCUUGAUAGAUAAUUCAAAAAUAAUGAGUGUUUGGUUUAAAUACAUGGCUAAAGUUGAUAAUGAUCAAUUGAUUAUAUCUACAAUAGAUUUACUUAUUGAAAAAAUUUUAAAGGAAAAGCUGUUUAAAAAAUCCACAAAGUGCAAAAUUUUAAACGAAUAUACAGUAUCCAAGUUACAACCAUUUUUUUAUUCUACAAAUAAUGAGAUUGUUAAAAAAAUUACUAGCUUUUAUGACAUUUAUGCAACCAAUGAAAGGUUUGGUGUUGCAUUCAAUGACAACAAAGUUUGGUUUUCAAAUACUUUAUCCUCAACAGGUUCAAGGGCCCAAUUAGGGGCCUCAUUAGAAAUCAAUGGGAAAACUUUUAAACUUUAUAACAAGAUUUUGUAUUCUAUGUUGUGCAGUUUUAAACCGUGGGAAGAUGACAAUCAAUGUAACUUAGUCAUCAAUAUUUUGCUUUAUGUUCCAGAAUUGGUGGCUCCAUACACGAAUCAUUUAAUCUCUCAAUGUGGUGUUCAUGCUCCAAAAAUGACGUCCUUUUGGUUUGGUAUGACUCUACUUUUGGGGAAAAUCAUAUCUUUGCCCAUACCAGAUAAAGUUAAAAAUGUGGAGACUGAAUUGCUACCCAAUGCAGAUAUAGUGCUGGAUAAUAUCAUGCCUUUAUCCUUAACAAAGGGUUCCUUAACCAGAUGUUUACAAAAUGAGAUUCCCUUAAUUAAACAGUUGGGUACACAAUUAAUCGUGUUUGUUUUACAGAAAUUAACAAAAGUGGUGGAAUUAUUUGACAAGAAAAAUUGGAGCAUGCAUAAAUCACAGAUUUUAAAUUCGAUAUAUACAAGGUUACCUGAAUUAUCAGUCAUUGUAUCCAGUCUUGCUGACUCGUAUUCAAAAUAUAAAAAAAACAAGAUAUUGUUACUUUCAUAUACCGUCACUCUAAAAUAUUAUAGUAAGUUAUUCCCAACAUUCUUUAAUAUCACUUUGCCAAACGAUAAAAAUCCAUUCAAUGAUUUAAUGAACGAAGACGGAAAUUUGAAAGGAAUCGAAGUUGCUAUUUUGGAUAAUUAUUUAGAAUUCCAGAGAUUGAACGAUUCUACAAGAUGGUGGAACACUAUUGCUAAAAGUGGGAGAACUCCGUUUUCUAUUUUUCUAAAAUUAAGCUCGUACACUAAUACAAGCGAUAAGAUAUCUUUUAAAAUCUCAAAUUUGCUUGACAAUUUAAUUCAAGAUACGCAAUUGUUUGAUUACGAGAGAUUGUUGGCUUCUCCAAUAGCAGCUUUAACAAAUAGUUUGAAAUUAGUUUUUAAUGCAAAGGAUACAGAGCAAUGGCCCAAGUUGUGGAAAUUAAUUGAUGAAUCUGUAUCCAGAUGUGUUAAAACACCGUUUAAAUAUAUCGAUUUAUCAAAUGAUUAUAAACGUAUUUCCCCCUUUAUACUCGCUCUUAUGGAACAAUGGGAGUUUGUUGACAAGUCCACUAACUAUGACAUUAUUUGUAAAUGGCUUUGCAUUUUUUUCAGAAAUUUAACUUUUAUUGGCGAAUCAAAAGAGGGCAUUUUAGAACUCGUCAGAAACCGUACAGAUAUUGACGAAAAUUUGGUUAACUUGUAUCUAUCUUCAUCUGAGGAAAGUAUUAACAAAUUAUACGAAUUAGAUGAAUACUUUGUGAAUUUGGGGACAUCCUUUUAUAAUUACGUUAGUAUUUUACCUUUGAAAAGAAUUUCUUCUCUACCGACCAGAUUCCCAGUUAACAUGUUGGAUGUUGCUGCCAUAUUUGUCAGAAUUGAAAAUAUUGCAACAAAUGAAAAGCUGUUUAUUAACGAGAAAGGAAUUGCUUCGGCAAUUGACAUGCUAUUUGAAAAAAUUGGUGGCUACGCGUUAACAGAUGAAUGUUGUAAAAAAGAAAUAGUAGCCCCAAAAUUUUACAACAAGUUUUGUUUGACAAAAGAUAGUGUUGAAAAUGGAAAUAGCUUGGAUAAGAAGGCAUAUAUUACUUGCGAUUUAGUUGAAGUUUUCCAACAAUUAGAUACGUAUUCUACAGAGUUUAACACUAUUUUAUGUGGGUUAUUCGAAAAUUACGUUACAUUAUCUCAAAAUAAAUAUGCUGGUAAAAUCUUUCAAUUGAGUUUGGGAUAUUUACCAUCUGAGCUAAUAUCAACGGAGAUUUUGCCAAAAUAUAUGGAAGUUUUAAAUCCCGAUGACUUAUUUAUUGCGUUAAGUAAAUUGAGUAAGGAUAACGUGCCCAUUUCUCAUGCUUUGUUUAUUAAAGUCAUACCAAUAUCCAGUUUGUCUGUGGUUUUGUGUGAUUUUAUUAGGUGGAAUUUGGUAAAAAAUAUUGUUGUUGCAGAUGCACUAAGUUUAGCUUUGAAUUUUGAUAAUGAACCUAUCGUCAAAGAAUGUUUAAAAAAUAUAGAUUAUGCUGGAUUAUUGAAUACGUUGCAAGCUCAAAUUAAGAAUGAGUCUAUUCGUAUAUUUUUUGCUAGCAAUAUUCCCAAAAAAUAUUCCGCCAGACCAGGAGUGAAAGAGUUUUUAAGUGAUACUGUUUUGGAAUCAUUGGAAUCAUUCCGGAACAAUCAAUUUGUCGAUUUCAACAGUUUAUUGAUGCUAUUCACCAACAAUUUUGAAGUUUUAACUGAUACAGCCAAGGGUGAUAUUUUGAAAUACAUAUUAAAUGACUGUAAAGACAAAUAUUCAAGCCAAACCGUUAAAUUUGUUCUAUUAAUUAACGAUUUCCAUAAUAAAGAUAUUAUUAUUUGGAUUCAUAAAACAAUGUUAUUUGUAAACAAACACAUUUCCUUUUUGUCCGAUAUUAGAUUAAUUACCAUUGAAUUAAAUGAUUUGUUGGUCUCUUUGGAAGAUCUUUUGUGUGUACAAAACGUUUGGGAACUAGUUCCUGCUGCAGUGCUAAAUUCCCAAUUGGAAAUAUUUUUAACGAAAAAUUUUGGAGAAAGGGAAUCAGUUGUUAGAUAUAUAUUAAAGUUGAUUACAACUGCCCCAUCCAAUUUGUUUGACGGAAGCAAAUUAUUGCAAAUUUUUGUUAAUAAUGUGUCAAAUCCGUUAUUGAAGCCAUUUAAUUAUUUGCCAAAAAUACGUUUUUACAACGCGCUGAUCCUUAAAGGCUUAUUUUUUAAAGAUGUUGCCAAAAAUUCAAGUUUAACAGUGCAAAAAUCGAUUUUAAGUUUUUAUCAAGGUACUUGCUCUUUGGAGGAUAGAAUACUUUAUGAGAUAUUAGAAGAAAUUGAAUCUAAAAGUUCGAUUAUAUGGACAAAAAAUAUUUAUUCCUGGGAAUUCUUGGACUCUUUAUCAGAUGAAGAACUAGAAUUAAUCGGGUCUGUUAGAUUGAUUACCUCACAAGCGGAGGGCUACAUUAUUUCGUUAAGUAAAAGCGUUGUUGAAAAAAGCAUUAAGAAUUAUAUUCCAACAUUACCCCAAGUUCCUACUUUAAAUGACUUGAAUUCGUGGGACAAAUUGGAAUCAUACUAUGAUGAAAUUAAUAUUUUGAAUGGUUCUUCAAAUAUGCUCUCUGAAAUAUAUGAUCCCAAAUUUAUUAUGUUGCUCAUUUUGAACAAUAGAGAAUUGGUUAAAAAAAUCGAGGCGGAUGAUGGUGAUGUUUUUUACAAGUUUGAGAUCAAAAGGCUUUUAAACUCGGGCUUAUUUUUUUUCAUUUUGCUAUCUCUUUGCAGCCAUUGUGCCGAGACUUGUAAAAUUGCUUCUAUUAUGGUUCAGCAGAUGCUCUUUAGUAUGGAAAAGCACAGCAGUAAUAUUAAAGAAGAACAUAUCUUUAAGCUUCUUUUGACCAAAAUUAACUAUACUUUUUUCAAAAAUAAAAAUAAAAGUAGUGCUGAAAUUAUAUGUCCAUUAUUCUGGUUUGCUAUUUGUCGGAUAGCUAGGUCCCUAUUGGAACCCAAGUCUUUUAUGUAUGAAAUUGCUUUCCGUUGGGUAUUAAAUGCUCCAUUGAUUAGGAGUCACGAUUUCCCAUUAUUAUUAGAGCUGAAAAACUAUAAGGUUGGAAAUACUCGUAAUUAUGAAAAUUAUUUUAAAUUUUUGUCAUGGUUUUUAGAUACUUUAUACAAUGGUAUCAAGACUACAGAGGAUAUCGAUUUUAUUAAAAGAAACAAUUUGUUUGAAUGGUUGUUAAAUUUACAAAAUAAUCCAUAUUUGAACAAUAGAAUGAACUUUAUUAUAAAUUCUAUUAUAUGUAGAAUUCAACAAACAGAUGAUAAUAGUAUUAUGGUCACUAGAAAUGCUGCUAUUUCACAACUAGAAUCUAGUCAAUACAUCACUUUGCUUGAAAAAAGGGGAAAAUGGCAAGAGUUACACAAUGGUCGGAAAAGUGUAAAGAAUUAUACAAAUUAUUUAAAUUUAAAACAAGAUGCUAUUACCAAUAAGGAGCUUGCUUAUGGUUACAGUGUAUUAUUGAGUUCUACCAAAAGACUAAGAGAAUGGUCUAAUGAUGAUGCAGAAAAUUUGAUUAAAAGAAUAUGUUUAUAA